ACGGCGGGAGCAGCCGCGCCCCGGCUCAGGGAACCGGAGACCUUCUUUGUCCCGAGCGGAGCGCUGGGGAGGUCGGAGUCAUGACGGGCGAAGUGGUUUCCGAGGUUCACCUAGAAAUCAAUGAUCCAAAACUCAUUCCACAAGAAGCAGAUAGUCCUUCAGACAGUGGACAGGGCAGCUGUGAAACAACUGGGCCCUUGAGUGAAAGAGAUUCAGAUGAAGAGAUAUUUGUGAGUAAGAAAUUAAAAAGCAGGAAGGUGCUACAAGACAGUGAUUCUGAAAGAGAGGACCCAAAUGCCUCUCCAGAGAAAAAUACCUAUGACAGUGUGGAGGAGGAAAAUAAGGAGAAUUUAUACGCUGGAAAAAAUGGAAAAGUCAGAAGAAUUUACAAAACUCUGGCAGACAGAGAUGAAAGUGACAUCGAGGAGUCUUUGUAUCAGGAAAAUCUUGAGGCCCAAGAGACACCUUGCUUAGAGCUGGGUCUCCAAUCUGAAAACUCUGUGAGCUUUACAGUGGACAGAAAGAUUUGCAAAAAACCCACAUGUGAUAAAGAAGGAACUGGAGGAAAAGCAAGAGUAAAAUCAAGGAGAAGACUUGAGAAAGAAGAGAGAAAGAUGGAAAAAAUUAGGCGGCUAAAAAAGAAGGAAACAAAAAAUGAGGAAGAUGAUAUGGAACAGCCAUUUAACGAUAGUGGCUGUCUUCUUAUGGAUAAAGACCUUUUUGAAACUGGGUUGGAGGAGGAAAAUAACUCUCCAUUGGAAGAUGAAGAGUCAUUAGAAUCAAUAAGGGCAGCUGUGAAAAACAAAGUAAAAAAGCACAAGAAAAAGGAACUGUCUUUGGAGAGUGGAGGCUAUUCAUUUGAAGAAGAAAGUGAGUUAUCAAAAGGCAGCAUGAGGAAGGAAAGAAAGGCAGCCAAGUUAAGUAAGGAAGCUUUAAAAAAACUGCAUAGUGAGACUCAGCGCCUUAUUCGAGAGUCUGCACUUAAUCUUCCAUAUCAUAUGCCUGAGAAUAAAACCAUUCAUGAGUUCUUCAAACGUAAACCCCGGCCCACUUGCCAAGGAAAUGCCAUGGCGCUACUGAAGUCAUCUAAGUAUCAGUCAAGUCAUCACAAAGAAAUCGUAGACACUGCAAAUACAACUGAGAUGAAUAGUGACCACCAUGGCAAAGAGUCUGAGCAGACAACAGGUGCGGGAUCUGAAAAGGAAAUUAAAGCACUGCCUGUAGUUUCAAAGACACUGCAGAUCACUGCUGGAUCAGACGUGUCAUGCCGUAAGGAUUUGAUGGGAGGCGAAGAGCUAGAAAUUCAGGAGAAACAGAAUCAGAGUGAUGCUAGAUCCUCACCUGGGGACAGCUCAGUGGUGGAACAGGAAUCCAGCUUCCUUGGGAACAAGGACACUGGGGAGUAUCAGGCUGGAGGUCUUGUGGCGCCUGAACCUCAUGCCCUGGAGGGAGAAGGCCUGAAAAAAACAGAAGAACCAGAGGAGAACGUGGAAGAGCCCAGCCAGCAAACUAAAUCAGCAGCAGCUGUGCCACCUGAAAAAGUGAGGCGGUUCACGCUGGAUAGACUGAAGCAACUGGGAGUAGAUGUUUCCGUCAAGCCUCGGCUGGGUGCUGAUGAAGAUUCCUUUGUGAUACUUGAAGAACCUGAAACUAACAGAGAACUGGAAGCCUUGAAGCAGCGUUUCUGGAAGCAUGCUAACCCAGCAGCCAAACCCAGGGCUGGUCAGAAGGUGAAUGUGAGCGUCAUAGUGAAAGAGGUGGGCACUGAUGGAAAGGAGGAGCUGAAGGCAGAUGUGGUGCCUGUGACUUUGGCAGCUGAGAAGCUGGAUGGAGCAAGCCACACAAAACCAGGUGAAAAGCUUCAGGUGCUGAAAGCUAAAUUACAGGAAGCAAUGAAACUGCGCAGAUUUGAGGAACGCCAGAAACGCCAAGCACUAUUUAAAUUAGAUAAUGAAGAUGGAUUUGAAGAAGAGGAAGAGGAGGAGGAAAUGACAGAUGAGUCUGAGGAAGAUGGAGCAGAGGAAGAAGAGGAAGUGUUAGAGGGAGCAGAGGAGGAAGAGAAAGCAUUAGAGGGAGCAGAGGAGGAAGAAGAAGAGGAAGAGGAAAGCAAUCAGAUUGCAGAAUUCCUUCUCGGUAGUGAAGAAAUUGAAACCAAAGAUGAAAAAGAAAUGGAUAAAGAAAACAAUGAUGGCAGUAGUGAAAUUGGCAAGUCAGUUGGCCUCUCUGUUCCCCAGCCUCUCUCAUCUGAUUCUAUCUUACUUCUGUUUAAAGACAACUCUUCCAAGAUGGGUUACUUUCCUAGUGAAGAAAAAUCAGAAACAGAUGAAAACUCAGGCAAAAGGGCUAGCAAACUGGAUGAAGAUGAUUCAUGCUCACUGCUAACAAAGGAGAGCAGCCACAACAGCAGCUUUGAGCUAAUUGGCUCCACAAUUCCAUCCUAUCAGCCUUGCAACAGACAAACAGGCCGUGGGACCAGUUUUUUCCCUACUGCAGGAGGAUUCAGAUCUCCUUCCCCUGGGCUAUUUCGAGCCAGUUUGGUCAGCUCAGCUUCUAAGAGUUCAGGAAAGCUGUCUGAGCCUUCACUUCCCAUAGAGGAUUCCCAGGAUCUGUAUAACGCCUCCCCAGAGCCUAAGACACUUUUCCUAGGAGCAGGAGACUUCCAGUUCUCUUUAGAAGAUGACACCCAGAGCCAACUGUUGGAUGCAGAUGGGUUCUUAAAUGUUAGAAACCACAGGAAUCAGUACCAAGCUCUGAAGCCUCGAUUGCCAUUGGCCAGUAUGGAUGAGAAUGCCAUGGAUGCUAACAUGGAUGAGCUGUUGGAUUUGUGUACUGGAAAGUUCACAUCGCAGGCUGAAAAACAUCUGCCUGGGAAGAGCGACAAGAAAGAGAACAUGGAGGAACUUCUGAAUCUUUGUUCAGGAAAAUUCACUUCUCAGGAUGCCUCCACUCUGGCUCCAUCAGAGUUAAAUAAGCAGGAGAAGGAGAGCAGCAUGGGUGAUCCAAUGGAAGAAGCACUUGCCCUCUGCUCAGGCUCCUUCCCAACAGACAGGGAAGAAGAAGGUGAAGAGGAAGAAUUUGGAGCCUUUCGGCUUGUCCCAAAUGAUAAUGAGUCUGAUAGUGAUGAGGAUGAACACAGUGACUCUGAUAAUGAAGAUCUGGCGCUCGAAGACCACGAAGAUGAUGAUGAAGAAGAGCUCCAGAGGCAAUCGGAGAAGUUGAAAAGGCAAAUGAGAUUGAAGAAAUACCUGGAGGAUGAAGCAGAGGUAUCAGGGAGUGACAUGGGAAGUGAAGACGAGUAUGAUGGAGAAGAGAUUGAUGAAUAUGAAGAGGACGUAAUUGAUGAAGUACUUCCUUCUGAUGAGGAACUACAGAACCAAGUCAAGAAAAUACACAUGAAAACAAUGUUGGAUGAUGAUAAGCGACAGCUGCGUUUAUACCAAGAAAGGUACCUUGCUGAUGGGGAUCUGCACAGUGAUGGUCCUGGACGAAUGAGGAAAUUCCGAUGGAAAAACAUAGAUGAUGCUUCGCAGAUGGACUUGUUCCACAGAGACUCCGAUGAUGAUCAGGUUGAAGAACAACUUGAUGAAACAGAAGCCAGAUGGAGGAAGGAGCGAAUUGAACGAGAGCAGUGGCUUCGGGACCAGGCACAGCAGGGGGACAUUCCAGCUGAAGAAGAAGAAGAAGUUGGGGAAGACAGUCAGUUUAUGAUGCUAGCCAAGAAAGUUACAGCCAAAGCACUGCAGAAGAAUGUCAGUCGCACUGUGGUUAUUCAAGAAUCAAAGUCUUUAUUCAGAAAUCCUUUUGAAGCCAUCAGACCAGGAAGUACCAGCCAGCUGAAGACAGGCUCACUGCUAAACCAGCCCAAAGCUGUGCUUCAGAAACUGGCUGCCCUCUCUGACCUCAACCCCAGUGCUCCCCGAAAUUCAAGAAACUUUGUCUUCCAUACGCUUUCUCCUGUCAAGGCUGAGGCACCAAAGGAAUUGUCUAAGCCUCAGGUAAGGAGACGGGGUCCAUCUUUAGUGACAUCCCCUUCACCCAAGCGCCCCAAAGCAGACAAUAGCACUUCAGGAUUGAAGGAAAGCAUCUUCAGAUACUUGGAAAGCUAACACCAUCGAGGGCGCCAGCAGCUGUGUUGAGACCGCGUUGAGAAGUAUCUGGCACUGAAGGUUGGAAUUGAUGCUCAUGUGGAUGAUCCCCCCUUCCUUCAUAAUCAGUGCAUUAAGAUUGUGGACAGAGAUUCCAGUUCUUUCACCGCAAGGCUCUGGACAUCUCUUUCCUUUCCUAGUAUUAUUUCCUGGGUUGGCCACUAACUUAAUUCUGCGGUGUUUACAACAUCGACCCACGGCAUACUUGGAUAUUUUAUCCCAGCAGCUUCCUGGGUUGAUACCUCUUUGUGAAAGGGGUGGUUGGAGCAUGAGGGGGAGAAGGAAAAAGUGAGGCAUUACAGAAAGUUACAGAACACAGUGAUUGUCAAUACCAGAAGGACUCUUUCACACCCCUAAGAUCUGUACCACAGUGACCAGGACUCAGUGAAAGAGGGACUUCUUAGGCAGAGGACCGAGUAACCAACAGAUGGGCUAUUAGUCUUGCCCUUUCCAUUUUUCUCUGUGCCUCUUCACAAGGCAGCCUCAAAUUUCCAAUCAACCCUUGCUUUCUUUGUAAUAAGGACUCAAACUGGUACCCAAGUCAGUUGGCCCUAAUUUUCUGGAGUAUGAGGAUGAAGAUAAAGGGUUACACCCAGUGUCUGUCCACAUUAGUUACUCCAUGGGGCAGAGAGUUCUCUCCUGGGACUAGAUUUUUGACUUGAAACACUGUUGCUCAAGGAUCCCUGUUCUCAUCCUGACAAGAAGAAAUAUAACCAUUAUUUAUUGCAUUCGGCUGGGUUGAAUACAUUUCCCUGACCAGAGGACAAUUUAAUACUUCGUUACCUUUUUUGAGAGGAAACCACCAUGGAGUUUAAUCAAAGUAUUGUUGAAGAGACUUGCCAUCACUUCCGAUUUUCCUUGAACUUCCAUGAGGCUCUCAGAAUUUUAGGCAGAUUUUUUUCCCCCUCAGGACUGAGCGCCCCUGCUGCUUUGGAAGAACAUUCCAUGUGAUACUGUGGUUUCACUGUCAGGAGCUGGACUUGGGAAGUUGGAUGAAUUGUGCCAGUUUUUUAUUGGCAGAUGGGGAACAGCAAUUUAAUUGAUGGAAUUAGGGUAUAUUUGGGUUUUCUACAGUUGUUUCUAAUACUCAAGAUGCUGACUUUGACGGAAUUUAUGUUUGUAUAUUUGUAAUCUUGUCAUGGGGAAAAUGUAUAUAAAGAGGUUUUAAUAUGUAUGUAGUUUUUCAAUAAAUCUCAGUGCCUUGAAAA